AUGCUCAAGACCGCUGCUGGACGAAGCGCAAGGCUGAUACAAGCUUCUGCGAUCCCCUUAGCCCGACCCGCCGCCGUUCGCUCCUUCACCUCGUCCCCCAUCUCUUCCUCGAAGCCCGCUCCUCCCUCCUCCACUCCUCCACCAGCCGGCCCCUCCUCCCGCCCAGACGGCCCCCCGUCCAAACCGCACCUCACGCCUGAAGAAGCCUCGGACAAAGCGACGGAAGAGAAGGGCACGAAACCUGCUCCGUUCCUUUCGCGCGCACUGGGGGUCGUCGAGCCUCCUAGUAAGGCGAAGAAGUCGAGGGAGGAGUGGAGGGCGGAUUUGUUGAAUAGGGAGAAGAGGCUUGAGGAGCGGAGGCAUCUGGUCAAGGAGGUUGCGCGAGGAUACUUCCAUGACUACAACGAGCUGCGGCAUCAAGGCGGGAAGGCGUACAUGUCGCCCAAGACGCUCAUCCGGGACGAGCUCGCGCUGUACUUCCCCAACAUCGAAGGCAUCUCCCUUGCGACGAAGGAAAAGGUGCACACGACCGACCUCUUUGAGAACAAGGUCAGCUUGGUCGCGUUCAGCAGUUUCCGCAGUGCAGAGGAACACAUCAACAGCUUUGUGCGGCCGACUCUGGCGGAUUUGAAGGGCGACCCGAACUUCCAAUACGUCUACAUCAACCUGCAAGAGAACCCGCUCAAGUCGUUCCUGGUGUCGAUGUUCCUGUCGUCGCUGCGGAAACAAGUCCCGGAGGAGUACCACCGAACAUACCUCCUCUCGCACCAGUCGCUCGAGUACCUGCGCGACCCGCUGGGGAUGCCGAACAAGCACGUCGGAUACGUCUUCCUGGUGGACUGGCGGAAGAAGAUCCGGUGGGCUGGGUGUGGGUGGGCGACGGUCGAGGAGGAAGAGGCGCUGAGACGGUGUGCGCAUGUGCUCGUCCAGCGGCUGAAGCAGGGCGGGACCAAGGACGAGCCUGUCAAGAAGGCGUGA